AUGGCUUUGCUGCAGAGCCAGAGCCUGCACGGCAUUGGCUGCUGCAGCAGCAUCGUCUUGGCACGAGCGAGGGUGCAGCAGUGUCUGGCAGCGGUGUCGCACUCGCACGCGCCCCUCCUGCGAGCCAAUGGCGGCAGGACGGGCCUCCCCUCCUCCACCUCCUCCCUUAAGGCUGGCAAUGCGAUCAGCUUCAGCUGGCGGAGGAGAAGGGACCUGCGCGUCGUCGCGGAGGCGGCCACGGCGGGGGCGGCCAAGGUCACGCCGGCCUCGUCUGGCGGUGUCAGCAUCAGCGACGUGCUCUGGCCUUCCGCCGGAGCAUUCUUGGCCAUGGCGGUACUGGGGAAAAUGGACCAGAUGGUGGCGUUCAAGGGAGUAUCCUUGACGAUUGCGCCCCUUGGAGCAGUCUGCUGCGUGCUUUUCAGCGCUCCAGACUCGCCUGCAGCCAAGAAAUAUAAUAUGUUCGUUGCCCAGAUUGGUUGUGCGGCUUUUGGCGUAUUAGCCCUCUCGUUGUUUGGGCCUGGCUGGUUAGCAAGAGGCGCAGCUCUUUCAGCCAGCAUAGCAUUCAUGACCAUCACGGGUGCCUCACAUCCACCAGCGGCAAGCUUGCCCAUCUUGUUUAUCGAUGGCCCGAAGUUUCACAAUUUGCAACUUUGGUACGCGCUUUUCCCUGGAGCUGCAGGCUGCAUCGUCCUUUGCUUGAUUCAAGAGGUGGUGCUUUACCUGAAGAAGAACUUCAAGUUUUGA